AUGGCUUUCCUCGCGUCUAAGGAUGCCUCGCUCCUUGCCUUUGCCAAGAAACUCAAGGAUGUUGAAGAGGUGCUUGAUAAUCUUGUUGAUGAUUACUCUGAUUUGUCCUGCGCAAAAAGAGUAAAAUUGGAUGAUGGUUCAAACGUCGCUACUAUUUCAUCUCAGUUGAACUUAUCGGAUGUUUUGUCAUAUGCGCGUCGAAUAAGCUACACAACAUUCGCACCACCAGAAUUUGAGGCUGGACAAGCUCCUCUUCACCGAUCACUCCCACCUGCCCCGCAGGAGGAGCAGAUGCGUGCUUCUCAGCUAUACAAUUUUGCAAACAUAGAUGUUGGUUUGCCCAAGACAGUCAUGGAGCCCCCACUUCUUGUACCAACAGAAGCCUAUCAGGCUCCAAACCUUGGUGCGCUUCAAGGUCAGCUUCCUCCACAUUUCACAAUGUCGUCUGGUUGGAGACCUGGGAUGCCUGUGGAGUCGCCGGAGGGCCCACUACCGCAAGAGCCAAUACAAGUUCGGCCUGUUCAACUGGAUAUUCUUGAUGACCAAGACUACGAUAGUAGCGAUGAAGGAAGCUCUGAAGAUGAAGAUUAG